AUGGCGUCGCAGCAGCAGCAGGCGGUUACUGCUCCUCCGCACGUGGUACGGGGCUUCUGCUUGAUCGCUGCUCGUCUAUUACCUUGUUCCUUCUGACUUCAUCUCUUCUCUCCUGAGACCUUAGAGAUGUUGGUUCUCUGAUUUGUUCUUUAUUAUCGUGAUUAUGAGGCUAUUGUAAAUUGGAAAUUCGCUGCGGCAGGUGGGGAACGCCUUCGUUCAACAAUACUAUCAUAUACUGCAUCAGUCCCCCGAGCUUGUUCACCACUUUUACCAGGACACAAGUAAGCUCGGCCGCCCCGACUCUGCGGGCGUGAUGAGCUCCAUCACUACCACGCAGGUAAGAAGGCGUGUUCUUUUCCGAUUGGCAUCGGCAUUUGUCGAGGAUGUCGGAUUUCUGAAAUCUGGUUAUUUUGUCUUGUAUGGGAAGAACAUAUUUUUUUUGUAGGUUGCUAGGGUUCAUAAAGCUCAAAUCAUUCCACGCACUUUAUUGUAAUUGUCUCGUGCAUGUUUCUUUUUCUGACACUUGGCUUACUUCCUCGAUAAGGCAAUUGAUGAGAAGAUAUUGUCGUUGGAGUUCAAAGAUUACAGAGCAGAGAUCAAGACCGUGGAUGCACAGGAGUCCUACAGCGGUGGGGUGCUUGUCCUUGUGACAGGCUACCUCACUGGUAAGGACAACAUCAAGAGAAACUUCACCCAAACUUUCUUUCUGGCACCUCAGGAGAAGGGCUACUUUGUUCUGAAUGAUAUGUUCAGGUAUGUGGAGGCAGCUGAUCAGCAGCAGCCACAGCAGCAGGGACGGCAGGGGAGCCAAGGCUCCGAUAAAGAUGAAACAUCAUCAGUUCACGAACAGGGUAGGUGUACUUUUCUUUGCCGUUUCUUCCUUUUGUGUGUUAUUAUACUGACCGAAAGUUAUCAAUUUUCUUUUAUAGAUGCAUCGGAACACAAGGAGCAGGGGAUUCAUGAGGGCACAGUAACACCUCCAGAGGAAGAAGAAGGAGAAGAAAUGAAUAUUGAGGAAGUUUACAAUCCUUCAGAUAAUUGGGAUGGAUCAGUCGUUGACGAGGAAGCCCCUGUGAAUGACGUGGUAGAUGAAGUUCCCAAUAGUUCACUAGUUGUAGUUGAUUCGAAUCCCGCUACAGCGAUUGAAGAAGCGCCAAAGAAGUCGUAUGCUUCAAUUGUAAGAUAUUUCGUUGAAAAAAAUAGACUGUAUCUGAGAAAAUUCCUUAUAUCAGUCUCUAUGCUCUAGUUUUAUCUCUCAGUUAUCAUGUUGUAAUUUGAUGCUCGAUUGGUGUCCUCUUUACUCUUCAUGCCUUGCCAAUUUUUUUAGAAGAGAAUGUGAAACUUAUUAAUGGCUGUGCCAUCAAUUUCAUAUCGUAUAUUAGCAUCUUAUGAGAAAUUAUACUGUUUGUACCUUUUCCUAGAAGUAUAAUUCGCCUAGAUUGUGUUUUUUCCUUAGAAAUUAGGAAAUUACCAUACGAUAGCAAUUUUUUUUUGUCAAGGACAAUGUACUUUUAUAUUUACAACUGAUAUCGAGAGUCUUUUUUCUGUGAGGCUGGUUCUUCUAAUAUACAUGUAAAAAAGUCUGCCCUCCACUUUGACCACAUUUGAAAACUAAGGGUCCAAUUCUGCAGUGUUUUACGAAACAGAUGUAGCCAUAAUAAAAUUUUGAUGUUUCAUGCUAUGAUAUCAAUUUGAAUGUGCUACUACAAGGUAGUCGUGCCGAUUACAUUCUGACAACGGAAGUUAUCUUUGUGGUAUGCUAACUAUAUUACGGUAUGCAGGUCAAGGUUAUGAGAGAGAAUUCAGCUCCAUCGUCAGUGCCUUCAGCUUCAUCUGUCAGGCCACCUCCUGUGAAUCCAGAAUGGCAGCCUGCUCCUGUUCCCACAUCAUCACCUCCAAAACUUGAAGCUCCUUCCUCCGGUUCACAUGCUCCUGAAACUGGCAAUGUUCAAGAGGCAGAAGGUUUUUGCCAAUCCCAUGUUCAUAAUCUAGUUUGAGAUUAAUUUGAAAAUUUUGUUAAUUCAUCUCUUCUUUCAGCUGACGGGUACUCGAUCUAUAUAAAGAGCCUGCCUUUAAAUGCAACAGCAGCACAGCUGGAGGAGGAAUUUAAGAGGUUUGGUCCCAUCAAGCCUGGUGGCAUACAAGUUAGAAGCCACAAGGUCCUUGCCUCUUACUUUUCUUUGGUUUUUUAUUUUUGGUUUCUUAAUCUUGUUAUUCUGCUUGAUUAUCAAAUAUAUUAUUAUGUCUUUAAUGCAGCAACAAGGAUUUUGUUUUGGUUUUGUGGAGUUUGAGGUGGCUAGUGCCGUUCAAAGUGCUAUAGAGGUGAGACUUGUUAGACCUCUACUGAUGAGAACGCACUCUUCUCUUUUUUCUUCCUAGUUAGAAAUGAAGCUCGGCUGAGAAUACUCUGGUUUUCUUUUUCUGCGUUCUUGGAUUGGUAUUGUUUGAAAGUAGACUUACUGAUAGAUAUUCAUUCAUAUUUUUAAAAAAUAGUCUGCGAAAGCAUCAUGGCUCUCUUUAAUGCCAGAAAUGUCCUCUAGUUUUUACGUUGUUAGCUAUUGUCUCUCUUUUUUUUUGCAUCAAAUUUGUCUCCCAUGGCGUCAGUACGAACUGAAAUAUCACUAGUUUGAUAUAAAAUAACUUAUAAAUAUCUUCAAUUUCGUGUCUUUUUUACGUACGUCUCCAUGUAUAUUGUGUGUAUUGUGUGUAUAUAAUAUACACAUGGUAGUUCCUUGUUAUUCACAAGUCAAUUUGCGGAGUCCCUGUUGCUUCUAUCAUCCAGAUACAUCCAAAUUUGUACCUAUGUGGCAUCGUUACUGGUUGAAGUGCCUGUGGUUUCGCUGGCUGUUUAUUUGUUUAUAUACAUUGAGUGAUGAGUUGAAUUUCAAAUCAUCUUUGACAAGGUAUGCACACUUUUAAUAUGCAUGUUAGAUGAGUCAACAUGGGACCACUUUUGACUUGCUUCUUUAAUAUGUUGAAACACCCACCCACUGGGAAUGUCAUCUGUAUGGAUUAUAUUUAGACACAGUUCAAGCAUUACCCACUUGUAAUCUUUCCGACGAGAUUAAAUCUUGGUUUGAAAUAUCGCAACAUAGAACAAAUUGUCAGGUUUUAACUUGUGAAAAUCUGAUAGUGAAGAAAUGAUGAUCUGCUUCAAGCUUGUUGAAGGAAAACCAUUUAUUGGAUGCAAAAUCGUGAUGUGUGAACGGUGGAAAAAUGGAUACACUAGUGAGCUCUUUUUACAUCACAUUCAUGUUGCUUUUAAUGCGACAACAAUUGUUAUGUAAAGCUAAGUGAGUGUAAAUUUUGAGGGUUCUAACUAAAAAAUCAAGCACUCGGGUAUUGAGAGAAGGGAAUUUGUGACAAAGGCUGCUCUGUUGGGCUCGAAAGUUUUAUUUAUUGACUUUUCCGUUUUAAAUCCACUGUUUAUUUAGUUCUCCUGUUUCCUAUUUCCUUGUUUCCCUGAUUAGCUGCUAGGUUUUGUGCAUUUGAGUAUAUUCGAUGAAACGUGCCUUUGAACCCCCCCCCCCCAAACUAUGGAGGUGAGAAAAGACAGAAUUGAGGUUUGGAGACUAGAACUCCUUUCUGAUUUAUUCUUAAUUAUCUUCUGUUUAUUCUAUUGAGGAGGAUAAACAGGCCUCACAGAUACAGCUAUUGACAUACCAAAUUGCAUUAGUUCCAAGAAAUCUCUUCUCAAGACCUUCACUUGAGGAGGCGAUGAUGAAUGCUGAAUCCAUAACUUGAACGGUGCAUUGGCAACAAAACUUAACAUUAUCGAACCCCGAAAUUUAUAACACAUAAUUUCCAAUUUCUCAGACCUUUUCUGCCGAAUAGGCUCGUUUUCCCAUUGGUAUGGGUAAAUGUGGAUAAAUCGACUAGACGCAUUGUCCCCGGGAUCAGAUUGGGUGCCUGGAUUUGCGUCAUUUUGUGCACAUCCAAUCCAGUUAGGGAUGCCCGAUUCAUUGGAGGAGCUUGAAUCCGAUUAAACAUGUAAAAUGGGCAUUGGUCCAUGUUUCUUGGAAGGGCAUGAAACGAUAAAAUUUAAGCGCAGUGUUUGUGCAAUAAAUCUGCUGAAAGGAAUGGAUGGGAGGGCAGAGGGGGAUGGAUGAGAGGUUACCAGUGAUUAGCCAGAAAAUUUGGCCACUUUUGUAGGUAUUUGUCUUUUUGGGCGUUCAUGGGAGGAUCAAAUUUCCCUCUCCCAAUCAGAUUGCCAAAAAUCUGAUUGAAAUCUGAGAAAGAAACUUGCAUGAAAGAGAGGGAUUAGCGUUGCAUUAAUCUCUCUCUCUCACACACACACGCACACACGUGUGUAUACACAUCUCAGAAAAGUUGGUUAUCUGACCUUUUCUGUCGAUCUUAUCUGCAGCGUUUUCAUCAGCAUCUCAGACAUCUUUCAUCCUUCCAUUUCAUUGGGUUGCCACCUCACGUUUGACUCUCCACACUGGGUCCACCCACUCAUUUUUGGCGCCUGGGUCGUUGCUGUCAUCACCUCCACCUUCACUUUUUUUCUGCGUGCCUACUUUUUGCGGAUACCAGAUGGCAACGUAGGGUGAAUUUACAGAUUACCGCUGCCAAUGUGGACUUGCUCCAAGUCGAUUCGAAGACGGCUGAGAGUCUUCUUGUCUCGGGGAGAAAGCUGUUCCACUCAAAGGUUGACCCUGAAAACAGUAUUCAAAGCCCCACGACUGGUUUGCCCAUGCCGUCAUGUUCUGUCACGGUCUGUCAGGAAAGUAAACGCCAAGUGGUGUUAUUUGCUUCUUCUCCACUUGACUCGCCUGGUUUUUUCCCCCGUUUUUAGGAAUCCCUUUGUCUGAUCCGCACUGUGCUGCCGAGUCUUGCUCGUCUAUGUAUGGAAUUCGUUGACAAUUCGGUGAUGUUCUCGGUCGGUGUUGCAUUGCAGGCUUCGCCGGUCGUGAUCGGGGGUCGCCAGGCCUACGUGGAGGAGAAGCGCCCGUCCGGCUCAAGAAGUGAGUCAAAGGGAGACGCUGAGGCCCGAGCCACUUCGGUGGAUCAUCAUCUCUCAUUGCUGACGUGGAUCAUGUUGGGUGCUUGCAGUCGGUGGCCGGGGCCGGUUUGGGACGGGAAGGGGCGGCUUCCGCGGCGGCGACGGCCCCAGGGGGCGCGGAGGCUACGGCGGCGGGAGGGGUGGCUACGGAAGGGGAGACUACGGCGGCCGCCCGGAUUUUGGGAACAGGGUCAGCGGCGGCGGCCGUGGUGGGCCGUCAGGCCGGGGGGAAGCCGGGUACCAGCGGGUUGACCAUAACAGCAGCCGGACGGGCCGCGCCGCGGGAUUGCCGGCGAGCGCGGGGUCCUCCAAGGGCGUCGAGGCCGCGCCCGGCGUGUCCGCUCCCGCGUGA